AUGGCAGAAGUGGGAGAGAAGUCACGUAUUGCCAUCGUCGGGGGUGGUUUGGUCGGAGCAUUAGCUGCGUGUUUUUUCGCUAAAAGAGGUCAUCGAGUAGUUAUUUAUGAAUAUCGAUCAGACAUACGAAUGGAAAAGUCGCGUGGUCAAAGUAUCAAUCUGGCGCUGUCAUUCCGUGGUAGAGAAGCUUUAAAAGCGAUUGGUCUCGAAGAUAUUUUGGUGAACCGUCAUGGUACUUGCAUGCGCGGCAGAAUGCUUCACGACAAAGAUGGCAAUUUGAAAGAAGUUCUUUACGAUAGCGUCAGAAGAAAUUGCAUUUACUCCGUUAAUAGGCGAUAUCUCAACGUGGUUCUGUUGGACGCCGCGGAAAAAUAUCCGGAAGUGCAACUCAAUUUCAACAGAAAGCUCGUGGACGCCGAUUUAGAGAAUGGAAAAAUGAAAUUCUUAAAUACGAAUACAGGGACGACAGAAGACGCGGAAGCUGAUUUGAUAAUAGGUGCCGACGGCGCGCAUUCGAAAGUACGAAAAAUUAUGACUAGGAGGCCACUUUUUAAUUGCGCCCAAACGUACAUUGAGCACGGCUACGUGGAAAUUUCUGUUCCGCGUAAAGAAGAUAACGAAUUUGCGAUGAGCGGCAACAAUCUUCAUAUAUGGCCGCGCGGUGAAUUUAUGAUGACCAGUUUGCCGAACGAAGAUCGCACGUUUACCGGCAAUCUGUUCGCUCCAUUUCGUGUGUUCGAAAAGCUAAAAACGCCCGAAGCGUUGGUGAGAUUCUACACCGAGCAUUUCCCGGAUCUUCUGCAAUUGAUCGGCAAGGAGAAACUGGUGAAGCAGUUUUUUGAAAAAGAACCACAGACAUUAAUAUCAAUUAAGUGCAAACCUUACCAUGUUGGAAAAACCGCUGUCCUAGUUGGAGAUGCUGCCCAUGCCAUGGUUCCUUUCUACGCUCAAGGAAUGAACACUGGUUUCGAAGAUAUUCUAGUGCUCGAUGAAUUAAUGGAACUCUAUGAUUCGGACUUUGCAAAAGUUCUGUCGAAAUUUUCGGAAUUACGAUGCGAUGAGGGACAUGCAAUAUGCGAUCUCGCAAUGUAUAAUUAUCUUGAGAUGAGAGACUUAGUGACGAGAAAAUCUUUUCUUUUUCGAAAGUUUUUAGACAAAAUUUUAUACACUCUGAUUCCCAAUUCCUGGAUACCGCUCUAUUUUGCUGUACAAUUUACUCGCUUGAGUUUUCGUGAAUGCAUAGCGCACAAAGAAUGGCAGGAUAAGGUAUUAAGAAUGAGUGUUUUGUGUCUCGGAUUUCUGAUUUUUGCUGUCUUAGCUGUUCCUCUUUUGCGAAACGCUAUUUGAACUCGAGAUCGCUUGCCAGAUAGCAUUAAUAAAUUAUGACCUAAUUAUAAGGACUCCAUAACUAAUACUUAA